UGUGUGUGUGUGUGUGUGUGAAGUGCUCCGGGUCUUUGUGAAGUGCUGACGGUGAAUGAAUGAAGCCGAGCGGACCGACACACGGAGGAACCACCGGGUCUCAGCUGCCGGCGGAGGAAAGUUACUGAACGGACUUCCACGAUCCACGGUCCCGUGGCUUUAAAGGCCCCUUAGAGGGUUCCUGUCCCGGUGCUGAUCCGGUACCGACAGAGUACGUCGAAGACUCGGUGUUUGUGAACGUGAGCAGACAGCAACAGGUCCCUCUCAGCUCCGAGUCCGGCCUCAGUCGUCAGGUUUUCGGGUGCACAGGGAUGUGUUUUACCCCCCCGAGAGGAGCCGCGUUGUCCUCGAGCUGAUCCCGGAGCCUGAACGCACCACGGCCGACCGAGUGUGAGGACAUGAAGGCAUCUUGUUAUUAAAGGUCUGCUCGGUUCGGAUCUUCAAGGACAGACUUCAUAGAUGGUUCCGAACAAGUGGAGCAUGAAUUCAGUUCUACACAAAUCCCCUCCGAGGAGCUGGCUCGGGCUCAGACUGCGACUCAAUGACAAGCCUGUCCAGGAGGAGGACUGGGUGCUGUGCCAGCAUCCUGAGUGUCCUGACCACCGGAGGGCCUCCAAGCUUCCAUCCUGGCCCGGAACGUGUCCACRCGCUCCUGUCCCCCACGCACCAGCCCCCCCUCUGACAUGGAGGAAGAGGAAGAGGGGAGCAAUGACCGCGGAGGGAUUAAAACAGUGGGGAUGAAGUUGGGGAAGAAGAAGCCACGGAGACACACUGAUGACCCCAGCAAGGAGUGCUUCAGCCUGAAGUUCGACCUCAACGUGGACAUCAACACAGAGAUCGUCCCUGCAGUGAAAAAGAAAACACUGAGAGAGGUUCUGGGUCCGGUKUUUGAGAGGAACGGCAUUGAGCUGUCACGAGUGGACUUGUUCCUCGAUCAGUCCAACACGCCGCUGUCCCUGGCCUUUGAAGCCUACCGCUUUGGAGGACACUACCUCAAGGUUAAAGCUCGGCCGGGCGACGAGCUGAAGGUGGAGCAGGGAGUGAAGGACUUGCGCUCCCUCAGCCUGCCCAACAUGAAGCCCUCUGGUGGUCCGAGUCCCUACAUCCUGAGUCCGGCUGGGGAGAAGGUGGCCCACGAGUCUCUGGGCCGGCGUGACAGCGUGGACCUGUUGGGUCCGGCACGGCGGAGGAAGAACAUGACCGAGUUCCUGGGGGAGGCCAACAUUCCCAGCCCGGACUCUCUGGGACAGCUGGGUGGCUCUCUGCCCGGCGUCGGGGCCGGACCCGACAGCUGGAAGAACCGCGCCGCCAGCCGCUUCAGCGUCCUGUUCAGCUCCAACGCCGGAGCGGGGCCCUUCGUCAAG